ACCAUAUGCUGUGCAAAGUGCAUGCUAUCUUUGCAUGCUCGUUUGGGCAAACAACUUUUGGCUUUGAUAUUUACACCAUCACAUCACCUACCAUUAUUUCCCAUUGUAGAAUUAUUGGAGAACAGCAUAAUUUGUGUGAAUUGACAAAGAAACUACUACUCUUUAAAACAAACCAAGAUAUAAACUUACUCCACAUAUAUCUCUUUAUAAUGAUCACAUAAAAAAACUAUCUGAUGAUGUUCUUUCAACCUUCUUUAUACCUUACUACAACCUUUAUAAUUCAAAGGUUCCAACUAACCAUUGAACUAAUAUUUCUCUAUCGCCAGCAUUAAAAAUAAAAACGGGAAGCCGAUGUUCAGAGAAACUCCAUCUUCAUCAGAUCAUUCACGAGCGAGGGAGUCGACGAGCGGGCAACGAGUGCCAAAUGAUCAGCAGAUGGGAGCUACUCAUCAUGAUGCAAUGCCUGAAAACGAACAUUGGAUAUUUACCAGUUUGUGCUUUCUACCAACUGGAAUGAAUCUUAAUCCUACCCGCAUUAUAAUAGCAGAAGGUCUUGGUACAUUCAUAUUGAUGUUCAGCAUAUGUGGGAUAAUGGGGAGUAUGGAAUUAUUAGGAAAUCAAGUGGGUUUAGUGGAAUAUGCCAUAACAGCUGGUACAGCCAUAGUUGUCAUUAUUUUCACUUUGGGGGAUAUCUCAGGUGCUCAUGUCAAUCCUGCUGUCACUAUUGCUUUUGCUGUAUUUGGCCAUUUUCCAUGGAAAAAGGUACCCUUCUAUGUGACUGCACAAUUGUCAGGCUCCAUAUUGGCAACCUAUGUAGGGCGGCUUGUGUUCGGAGUUAAUCCAGAGCUGAUUAUGACUGUGCCAGUUAAGGAUCGCGCUUUGGCUGCCUUCACAGCUGAAUUCAUUGCCACCUUCAUCGUCACAUUUCUCGCUGCAUCACUAGCAAGAGAUGCCAAAUCUGUUGGUCAUCUAUCUGGGUUUGUGCUUGGUAUAGCUAUCGCACUUGCAGUUUUGAUUACUGGGCCACUUUCCGGAGGAUCAUUGAACCCAGCAAGAUCAUUAGGACCAGCAGUUCUUGCUUGGAAGCUUAAUUACAUCUGGAUUUACUUCGUUGCCCCAAUUGCUGGUGCAGUUCUUGGAGUUCUAAUAGUUCAUGCAUUAUGCCUCCAGCAGUCUGCUCAAAGUCAUAACUCAUCUACGGCAAGGAGUAUUUUGCCAUGAUUUGUUUUCAAUUGUUUCUUCGUUUGGGAGGAAUCUACGAUUAAGAAUUCGUUUCACGUUCUUGGUUAGUUUGCUGGACAAUGUUUAGAAAAGUUUAUUACUUUAGAGAAACGUUUGUGUUACAAGAGAUAUGGAGUAGAACACAGACAAACUAUGUGAUUUAUAAAUGAAUCACAGAGUAGUGUUAAUUACUAACAAUCCUUUGUGGUUUUAAUUUUAUUAGAUGUCUCUAAAACGAUAAUGUGACAUAAGUUUAAAACAAUGAUUUUAGGCUCUUUGGUUGUUUA